GCACCGGCGGGAACGGAACGCAUCACGUCCCUGCAGCAGACGAUGAGCACUGUUGCCGUUGCUGCGCAGCAGCAGCAGCAUUCUACUGAUAGCCGCACGCACAGCCUCAAUCUCGCGGAGCAGCAACCCGCUGGCAGCACGGUAGAGAACGGACAUACUUCCGGCAUGCCAUGUGCGCCCUGCCCGAGCAACGGUUCCGCCUUACCGGGCAUUACACCGGAAUCGGCGGCUACAACAGCAGUUCCUGGCUGUGGUGGUGGUGGAGGUGUUGGCUGUAGUAGCCUUAGCAGUAGUAGUGGUAGUAGUAGCAGCAGCAGUGGAACCGCCAUGGCAGACAUCCAAACAGACACAAGUGCUCCAUCUGUUGGAGGUGAUGGACAGCAACAACAGAUGCAGCACCAGCAGCAGCAGCAGCAGCAGCAGCCUGUCGACUCCUCCUCUCCACAGCAGCAAGAUCAACCUGCUGCUCCGGGCAGCCGUCCGACAUCCGGUGGCCGACAGCAAAGGAUUGCUGGUGGCAAAGGCAAGCAUUUAACCCGCAGUCACGCGAUGCGUGAGUCAACUUCCCCGCCCCGAACACCAACGCCACGAUCGCCAUCCGAUACACACAGCAGCAAUCCAAUCAGUAGCACCGGCAGCGGCACCACGGGUGGAAUAACCAACACGACCACUGCCACCACUACGGUUGCCAGCAGCAGCAGCAGCACCAGCAGUACCAGCGGUGGUAACGCACUCAGCAAUGGUCCCCAAACUCCUCAAGAGCGAUCGGCAGGAGCAGCAUCCACCAUGAACGACGUAGAAUCGCUGGCCAAACAUAACAGCGCUGGCCCGGGCGGUGGUGGCCUAAGCGGGACUAGCGGGGGCAACAGUGGCAACAGUUCGCCUAACAUCGUCCUCUUUGCCGGUGGUGAGGAUCAGCAGCGUAAUGGUAAAUCCCAGCUGGAUUUAGACUUCCCGAAGCUGACACCUCCGAAGACGUCCUUUAAUCCGAACGCUGGUAGUAAUAACGGCGUGCAUCAUCCGCACUCACAAAAGGGCAACAGUGUGAAGAGCAAUGGAGUGGUCACGCAUCACGCUAGGGCGAAUGGUGGUGGCACCGCUUGCGAGACAGACAAAUCGGCACCGUUGACAACCACCGCCGCUACAACGCUCCCAGCAGCGACCGGAGGCAGCAGUAACGCGAAACAGACAACGCCGUCACAGCAAAGCGUGACGAGCACGGUUUCACCUAGCACGGCUACCGGCACGGACACACCGGACGGUGGUGGAGUGACACGCGGUGGAGGUUUGCCACCCGGGCAAUGUCCGUCCAAUCAUAAUCUCGUGCCGGUGUCCGGAUCGGGCAAUGUAUCCGCGGUGACAUGUGAUACUACGGUCGGUGGUGAUCCGUCGAUUUCGGGAACCGUAGGCAAAGCGUUGUCUACGCACACCACCGCUCCGGUACAGUCAGCUGCAAACAGCAACUUUUGUGAUAACGAUGGUCGUCAUGGGCCGUAUCAGCACCAGCAUCAACAGCAGCGGGAUGUGAGUUUUAGCAGCAAUGAGGGCGCUGGAGGCCAAUCGACGAACGUCGACGGUCAGAUCAAUAUACAGUUUUCGCACGAAACGGAAACGCGCUACAUCCAGUGCGACAGUCCUACGGAUAGCCUUAUGAGGAGCGGUGGUAAUGCGGGGCCAACCACCACCCCACCCAGCGGUGGCGGCGGAGGCAGUGGUGGUAAGAAACGUAGUGGUGCUUCCGGGAAGGGUGGAAAUAAGGCGACCCGGAUGAAAAAUCUGAGCGGCGGCUCCUCCUCCAGCGUUGACGGUGGCGGAGGAAUCGGCGGUAGUGGUGGUGGUGGUGGUGGUGGCGGAAUGGCUUCGUUUAUGUCGCGCGACAGUCUAUGCGAUCCGUUCACCGACCAGAGCGGUGUGAAUUUGCUUCAGUUUUUCAAGGAAACGCUGAACAAAAACUUCAAAGAUCGCAACAUGCUGAUGAAGAUCGAGAAGGAGCUACUAUCGCUGGCGAUGGAUCGAAGCCGGAGCCAGAUGAAAUUUCCGCCCAUGUCUUCCUAUAACCGAAUGUUGAUUCACCGGGUCGCGGCAUACUUCGGCAUGGAGCACAACGUGGACGCAACGCAGCAGUGUGUGAUUGCGGAGGUGACACCGGCCACCCGCAUUCCGGACAUUCGGUUCAAGAAUCUCAUUUCGGACAGCUUCUCGGAGGAACCGCGCAAGUCCAUCCUGAAGCGGGACACGCACAGCUUCGACGAGUACCAUCGGUUCGGUAGCGGUACUGGUGGCGGCGGCGGUGGUGGUGGCGGAGGUGGUGGAUCCGGUCUGCUGCACUGUCCCGACCGGGGCAUGCUGGAUCGGAAAGCGAAAAGCUUCGAAGAGCGUGAAGAAGAGUACGAGAAGUCCAAGCGGAGAUUAUUCAAAAAUCGUGAGCAUGAUUCCGAGUCCGAUCAGUGGCAGUGGAUAUCGACCGAUGGUGGUGGUGUUGCUGGUGGCGGCGCCGGUGUUGGUACGACGCUGGUUGACCUGAAUGCCGCCCGGCACCAGCAGAAACUUCAGAACAAUCGCUUGCUGAAAGUACAAUCAGUGUCAAUUGAGGGACGAUCGGACGAACGGCCUUGCGUUUCAAAAUCGCACAGCUUCGGUGGUUAUGGAGGAUCGUCACAGAAUGCAUCGUUGCUGCGGGGCGAUUCGAUAACGUCAACCAAAAGUGCCGGUGCACGGCUGUUUACGAAGCAGGACUCGAACGCCAGCACCAACACGCCCUGGAGGCUGUCCCCGUCAAGCAGUGGGUCGUACCUUACUUCCAGUUACAAAACCCAAUCGAUCCGCUCGGACUCGGUAACACCUUCCCCAACGGGAUACGGCAGCGGCGAUCACACACCGGAACCGUGCGUCCCAUCACCGUCGGCCACGUGCGGCAUUAUGUGGGCCGUGACCGAUAUGGCAAGCGUACCGAAAGGAAGUGUGCUGAUAGAUCCCCAGACGUUUCAACCGAUUGUCAACCAGGACGGCACACUGUAUCACUUCGAUCCAUCCAAUCUACCACCAGCUGCAGGCGGUCCCUGGCCAGCAAGUGGCAAAAUGUCGAAGCGAAGGUUCGAAAAGCAGAAGUCAUUCAAUAGUAAGAACAAUCUCAACAGUAGCAGUUCGCUUGAAAGCGCUACAGAUGGACCAUCACUAGGCAAGACGGUGGAAUGCGGACAGCAGACGGUGAUUCCUACUGCUGUAGAGAGCGGCACGGGUGCCAUUACGACCAUCAUGACGGUGGUAUCAACGACAGCGACAACGACACCGACCACCAUUGCGGAGGAAGUGGUCAAUGAGCUCGGGUGCUACGAUGUGGGUAUAAACUCCGGCGGCCUAAAAUUACUAAGCGUUAAAGAUAAUCCAGAUAUGGAUGAAAACUCAAGCCUCUGCGAAGAAAUCUCACAAACGACAAACGAGCUUGGCGGGUUGAAGUUACAGAAACAUCAAGCCACUAGUCCUAUGCUGCAGGCCAGCGAAUUGCAGCCAAUCGAUAUGAAUGAAAUACAGUACAGUACCAAUCAGCACGAAAGUGGAACUCUCAUGCAUACUGCCAACUCUGGACUGCUGGAUAACGAUCGGUCCUUGAUCGACGAGGUGGUGGAAACGACGGGAGAGGAGCAAGAUGAUCUCGGCGACACGCUUGACGCUCUGGACAAACCCGAACACAACAAUCCAGCUCUGGGUGCUGCUGUACAAUUGUUGCACGUACACGAUCCUGUCAGUAGUAGCAGCACGCUGGACGCCGGCGAGGACGACGAAGAUCGGAGCGAAACCCCAACGGACGGUGGACAGGAGGAGGUUGAUAAGAAGAACGACAUGGUAAAGGUAGCCAACGUGGUGCAGACAGUAGUACCGUUGACUAGUUACGCGAGCUCCACAACGACCCCCAAUGGUGGCAGUGGUGGUGGAGUCAGCGCGUACACCGUCACGUACGAUGGUGGAGGCAGUGGUCAUCCGGGUGCCACCGUAUACGCGACUGGUACACCAGGCAUGUCAACGACGACAUAUCAGACAGCGCCGGACGGUGCCAUUUACGCCGUACCGUCUUCGCUCGUCUACACAUAUCCCACGGCAAUGGAUCCGACCGAGAUGCCCGGUGGGUACUUUGUGCCAGUGUACGAUCCACAGCAGCAGCGCGAAGCAAGCCUCUGUUCAACACCGGGCGCAUCAAUCUACUCGGCUCCGGCCGGUGCCACAUCGACAGUAUUGCAUCCGAUAGCGUACACGCCGAGUGCGGCCACUGCGGCGGCUGCAGCCGCCUAUACUGGCGCACCGCUGUAUCAAAAUCCGGUCAUGUAUUCGUCCGACCAAUUCCCAGUGGCACAAGCGGCCGCCGCUGCAGCAGCAGGUCAGCUUUCGCAGUAUCCCAUUAGCUACCCGAUCGGAAUAGGAUACCCGUUCAAUGGCGCUGCGUACCAAAACUACUGGAAUCAACCAAUCACUUAUUACGUUCCUCAGACGCCCGUUCCGUCAACGGUGGCCGGUGCUUCAAUACUAAUGCAGCCUCCGAUACCGCAAACCCCCACCAAUGGUGGUAUUAUCACGACAACGGCCACCGUGUCGGCAUCAACCCCGGGCACCGGUAACAGCUCGUCCGGUGCGCCAAUUUCCGGCAAGCGCAACACGACUCCUCCUAACAGCGGGCACGGUCAGUCGCAGAGCGGCGCCACGCACAGUGCCUCGGUAACACCGGUGCCGAUAUCACCGUUCACCACCAACAUUUCCGUACCACUGCCCGAUAGUUCAUCGGCCGCGGCGGUUGCUGCUGCCGCCGCCGGUGCCCCGAUGUACGCCGCCUUCCCUCAGCCACUGUACCCCAACAUGCUUCCAUUUGCUAGCCCGAUGGCGACACAUCCACAUCCGGUGGCGGCCACUCCCGGGACGCUGGUACCCACUGCCGCAUCAUUCCAUCCGCAUCCGCCAUCCGGUGGAUCGCAGCACCAUGCCACCGCCAGUCACCACCAUCCCGCAGCUUCUGCCGGUGGUGCGCACGGCGGUGAAUCGACGCCACUGGCCGGUGGCAACGGUCACCAUCAACAUCAUUCACAGUACCACCAUCAUCAGCACCAGCACCACCAGCAAGGAAGCGGUGGCCACUAUUCCGCUGUGAAUGGACCGUCGAACGGUGGUGGUAAUAGUAGCAGCAGUAGCAGUAGCAGCAACAGCAGCCACAGUGGCAACCACAGCAACAACUGUGCGACGAACGCACCGACACCACAGUCCACGCCCAGUACACCGCUCUCCCUGCCAAUGUCUAUGCCGUCGCAUCAUACCGGUGUUCCCGGUGCAACGCAUAAAGGCAUGCCGCUCUUUCCAACCCCUCCAAUCAUGCCGAACGUGGCCGCAGGCGGAGGUUAUGGUGGCCACCAUCAUUAUGGAGCGGCGGACGAGCGCAAGUCGGGAAAUGGAGGCUACCAGGGAAGCAAACCGCGACAACCGAACUCCGGUGCAAACGGUGGUUCGACCGGUGGUAGCUACUUUAAUUACAACGCAUCUGCGAAUGGAGGCCGGCAGAUGACGCCGAACAGCAACGCUGGAAGUGGUGGCUAUCAGCCGCAAGGAAAUGGUGGCAUGAAGGGAAGCUACACACAGAAUAAUACAGGGAACAAUAACCAAAACCAGAACGGCCCAUUGAUCCUGGGUCCGCCUCCAUCGGGCAAGGGUAAUCGCCAUGACAGUAGCGCGCCUCAAAACGUAACCAACACGAAUAGCAACUCCUCCAGCAAGCCCCCGCUGAUACCGACGCUGCCCAGCAUGGUCGUACCGGGUGCGGCAGCACCAAACGCCGGGAUGGCGGGCGAUAAAUCGCGUCUGAAUCGCUCCUCGAAACCGCCCAAUCUCGAUCUGAAGCGCAGCUACAACAGCAACAACAGCUACAGUGGGGUGAACAACCGCAACACGCCCAGCACAAAUUCGAACGAAAGCAAUGGCUCACCGAACAGUAUUACGUCGUCGUCUGUGCACGAGCACGGUGCGUCUCAAUCUCAUCAUCCCAUGGCACCGGCACACCACGCCGCCACACAUCACCACGGAGGGCACGGUGGAAACAAUCAUCCAUCGACACCGACAUCGCACCACCACGGAAGCAACCAUCCGGUCGUGUCGGCUGGUGGCCAACCGUCCCAGCACGGCACGCUGCACCACCAUCAUCAUCCGGCGCAUCCGCACGCGCAGCACCAUCCCCAUCAUGGUGGAAAUCAACCGAUGCCUCCCGGUGUUCAGCAGCAGACGCACGGUGGUGGUCCCGGCGGAGGCGGUGCAGGUGGUGGCGGUGGUACGACGCACUACUACCAUGCGGGUGGCGGACAAUCGAUGGCAACGGCUGGACAGCCCCAUUCCGGACAGUCGUCGUACUACUCGGGUGGGGCAGGAAAUCCGUCGCAGCGCGGUGGCAGCGUAGGAAGCAAUGGUGGUGGUGGCAAUGGUUCCGGAUCCGGCGUGAGCUCCGGUGCACACACCACGGCCCACCCGCACGCGAUGCCUGCCGCGGUAAUGCAUAAUUCGGCAGUUGCCGCAGCGGCCGCUGCUGCUGCCGUCGAACCGUACCAUCAGCAGUUGAUCCCGAUCAAUGCCGCCACCGGGAUGUCUUACGUCAAAAUUGGCCAGGCGUACUACCCUUCGUUAACAUUGCCGCAAAGCCGCCGAUCGCCUCCUAACGAAAUUCGUCCAAUUGCGGGUGUCUAUCCGACGAUGAAUAUGGUGAUGCCGGCAUCUCGACAGUUUACACCACGACCACAGCACAGCAGCGGGUACAGUAGUGCCAAGGCGGCUAAAUCGCUUCGAUAAAGAAGCAUAAAAAUAGCAACGCGUUGCAGCAUAAAAAGAGGAGAGGGUACGAUGCUUCAACGGUGCAAACAUCAUAAACUAUACAUACGAUGAGUAUAAAAACCGACAACCGUAGUAGAACCAACAACAGCAGAAUGUAGUGCAGUAACGCAACAAGCAAACGUAGAAAUCCAACCUUUACCAUAUAAAAAAAAACGUACUAUUAGGGGGUAUAAUGUGAUCUGUGCUGAUGUGGGUUCAGCGUCCAAAGUGUUACGUGAGUAACGAUGGGUUGCUGACAUCUAACAAAAUAAUCGCAACCAGAUGAAUUAUCGUCAUUCGCGACAGGGCGCGCGUUUUCAGGCAUGAAAAGAAAUCACUGCAAGCGACAAACGACUAACAGAGACUCUAGAAAGACAAGCCAAUAAUCAUUAAGAGCGGCAGCGUGACAAUGGGAAAGGGCAUGAGACAUUUAUUUAGAACGAAACAUAUUAUGGAAUACGUACCACUACUUCCCCUUUAUGCAAGGCAUGUUACUUUUCAGCGGUAAGUAAAACGUCCUGAUGCAAUUGUUAUAGUGAGAGGGUUUGUAGGUUGGACAGCAGAAAGUUGGAUGCAAGUGUUAAUGAGCAGUUAAUGGUGUACGUUUUAAAACGCAACAUGUACCGUUUAGUUACAGUUUGGCAACAGUGCAAAUAUCUUAGUUGCUGAUCUUGACACAAUCAGUGGUAUGGACAACAGGCUCGUUAUCUAUCAGUCACCCAAGCGGUAUAGGCAGGACCAACAAGCAACGGUGUGAAAUGUGAAACUAAUGAAAUUGAAACGCGUAUCACAACUUCAUGUGAUACAAAACGGAGAAGCAGAAAGUCGUCAACCGGUAGGGGGCGUCCGUUGCAAGAGUAAUAAAAAGACGACCAGGAAAACAUACACACACACAUUUUAUUACAAUAGAAUGAAACGCUAUGUUAAAACUAUGAGAGUGUUAAGAGCAGAUAAGUAAACAGUGCCGGGCCAUGCAUUAGGUUUACAAUGCGGAUGGAAAACAAAUGGGCGAUCAAGAUCUGAAGCGUUUGAACAAUAAAAACAAAGCGACCAGCAGAAAAAAGGAACGGAAUGUGGUCAAUGAAAUGGGAACAUAAUGGAUGAAUAUGGCGAUCAUGUUGAAAUGUUAUGCCAGUGGAGGCGCAAAUAAUAGGAAGACCAACACAAAAAAAUUGAACACAACAGCAAUACCAGGACCACCCAUUUUAACCAAAAAAAGAAACUUCACAUUUGAUGUGAAUAGUAAAACAACAUUGGGUCGAAUGGAAAUCCGUAUCAACAAAACAAACACAGAGUCCUAUACCACACAUACACACAGAAACACACACUAUCUACCAUUACCAUCAUUGCAACAAAUAAAAAAGAAAGGAAAUUUGCGCCAAAACUGUUGUUGUGUGAUGAAAACCAAUUGAGUUACUGCUUCUUAGAAAUGUGUGAUCGAUUACCAAAAAUAAUAAUAAUAAUAAUAAUAAUACUAAAUACAAGGCAUACCGAACUCCAGUGGUGCUGUUUGAAGUGUGUAGGGGAAUAUUAUAAUAAAGAAGAAGAAAAAAAAUACUAUGUUGCCGGAUUAUCAGUUGCCAUGUGUAGAACAAACUAUAUAAGAUGAGUAGCAAAAGCGGGACAGUAUGAAUGAACCGGAAACGCAUUAUUUACUUGCCAACGAAUCGUCAACAUCAGCAUAAUAAUGAGCGGACAGACAACAGCAUUCUAAUAACAACAAUCAGUCAAACGAUUAAUUAUAUUGAAGCAAAUGGUCAACCACAGCACACAUACUAAUCUGAACUGCGAAAAUGGUUAAAUAGCAUAGCGGGCAUUAGAAACAAUCCAACCUAUAUAGAAAUAUCUUUAAACCAGCAUACAUUCAAACGACUUGAUCGGUCGCCAAUAAAAACGUCUAGAAUUGAUCUUUCUGUUAACGCCAAACCCUGCGGAACGACUAAGGCACAUGAAAGAGGUUAAAGAAAAGCAGAUGUUCUCAACUUACAUCACAGAGCAAGCCGCUGCUGAUGUCCUUUUUCCGAUAGGAAUUUUCAUUCUGAGGCUCUAUAAUUAAAAAUGAUUUCGCUACCAAGUUAAUGUUACCAAUUUCCAUCAUUCGAAACAGGCGGCGUGGAUCGCUUGUUCUUCCGAUCGAAGCUAAUAGGUGAACGCUUUUUAUAUGGCUAGAUAAAUAACGUUAUCAAUCGUUGCUAUCUUCUGCUACCAGAAUAAAUCUCUUCAUAAUGUUAUUUGGCAUCAACAUUCGUCCAAAUUAUUCUGAAAAAUGUUGUCAUCGUAACGUGUUAAGCGCAGCGUGGCAUGCCAAAACCUACCCGCUGAUUGUAGCAGAGUGUCAAAGAUUCUAGUCACAAAAAAAAACUUGUAAUGUUUGGUGAUAUUGUUCUGCACAUCGAUAUCAUUAAAAAUGAAUAUUUUGUUUGAUGUGGUUCAUCUGCUACCAUUGAUACAUGCCUUUUAUGUUUCGGACAAUGGCAUUACGCUAAAGUUCUUAUUCAUCACUUCUUAGCCCUACAGUCUGUGGGCAUCCAAAGGAACGUAGUACCGUAAAAAACAAUUCUCCCGUAAAUAAGUGUGCUUUGAUCGAAGAUCAAACAGUGUCUAAGUCAAGCCGACCGUACGGAAGCCAUACCAAUAAACUACAGAAUCCAAAACAAACCCAAUUUUUUCCACAGUCAAAAAAAAACAAACAGCUGAUGUGAAGCUGCAAUAGUUUAUUCUCGGAUCUUUUAAAGUGAAUGUGUGUUCUUAAACAAACAAAAAAAGGUCGAUCACGUAGAGAACAGUAAACGGUAGAAAACUCAAAUCCAACAACGCUAUAAUGAUAAGAAUAUGAAACUAUAGCGAAAGCGAAGCAUUAAGAACAGAUAGGUUCUAACAGCGAAACGAGAAUUGAGUGAACGAGCGUUAAACUAGCAAGCACACAGAAACACACAAAUGGAACAGUUGAUUAAAUGUGUUAUUAUAUAUAUGAAAGAAUGUAUUUAUUUUAAUUUAUAUACACAGAGACAGAGGCGUAACUGAGAACUGACAGUGUGAUGGAAGAUAGUGAGCGUUUGCAAAACCGAAAAAAGAAAAUAAUCGUGGUAGCAUGCCCGCCAUAUAAGAAAAACCCAACAUGUGGAAAGUGCUGAAAGCGGGCGAGAGAUAAAACUGAGUGAAAAAGCAACUGAUUAAACCCAGCAAGAAACCAAGAAACCAACAAAAAUCAGACAAACCAAAAAAAAAAGAAAACAACAACCAAGUACUUAUAUUAAGAGAAAACAAGUGAAACUGCUACAGUGACAAA